AUGUCGGCGCACGCGCCCAACUGUCAACAGCCGCGGAAGGCGCUACUCUACUCCCAUUGGUUCGACUGGAUGUCGAUCAGGGAUUGCAACAGACGCGGAAGGCGCUACUCUACUCCCAUUGGUUCGACUGGAUGUCGAUCAGGGAUUGUACGCAAUGGCGGAGAUGAAUUCCGCCGUCAACUCGCUGUAGACAAACCCGGACGUGUCACCCGGAGUGACGGAAGUGAGAAGGGUGGAAACUCCAGUCAACCCAAGAAUGCCGGCGCGACGGCUAAGCAAGAUGUUCAGUCCUCAGGUACCAGUGAACAUCUGGAGAGGAAAUGUUAUGAAUGGCCAAUUAGCAGUCCACUUCUGCCCUGCCAUGCUGUUCAUUGUCAUUCAGGAAGAUGCGGAAUUUUUGAGGACGAUUUGAAUGUCUGUUUCGGAUUUUCAGGGAGUGACGGAAGUGAGAAGGGUGGAAACUCCAGUCAACCCAAGAAUGCCGGCGCGACGGCUAAGCAAGGUGUUCAGUCCUCAGGUACCAGUGAACAUGUGGAGGCUCAACCGCUUAAACCUUCAAGAAGCAGUGCAGUAGAAGAAAGUCCAGUUCGGCACCGCAGGCGUCCUCGACGUCGUCGAAGAAGACCCACAUUGCCUGAAUACAUAAAGAGCCACAUUCUCAUAUUUGCAGGGGCUGAUACAAGUGAAAUGGGUGGAGACUCCAAUCAACCGCAGUCUGCCAGCGCGUCGUCUGAGCAACGAAUUCAGAGCUCAAAUUUCAGUCCCGAUCAAUUGAUUGACGAUUUGCUUGUCGGUCCAUGCAAACUGCUUUCUGAGCAACAGACUGGCAUAAUCUUGUUUGGUUCCUCGAAAGAGGACAGCGAUCUUGAACAGUCAAUUAGCAGUGAAGCAGAAGAAGGUGUAGUUCCGCCCACCAGGCCUCUUCAGUGUCGUACAAGAAGACGCAGACUUUCUGAAGACGGUUUGAUGCUCAGUCGCCAAUUUGCAGGGGCUGAUACAAGUGAAAUGGGUGGAGACUCCAAUCAACCGCAGUCUGCCAGCGCGUCGUCUGAGCAACGAAUUCAGAGCUCAAUUUUCAGUCCCGAUCAAUUGAUUGACGAUUUGCUUGUCGGUCCAUGCAAACUGCUUUCUGUGCAACAGACUGGCAUAAUCUUGUUUGGUUCCUCGAAAGAGGACAGCGAUCUUGAACAGUCAAUUAGCAGUGAAGCAGAAGAAGGUGUAGUUCCGCCCACCAGGCCUCUUCAGUGUCGUACAAGAAGACGCAGACUUUCUGAAGACGGUUUGGUACUCAGUCGCCAAUUUGCAGGGGCUGAUACAAGUGAAAUGGGUGGAGACUCCAAUCAACCGCAGUCUGCCAGCGCGUCGUCUGAGCAACGAAUUCAGAGCUCAAAUUUCAGUCCCGAUCAAUUGAUUGACGAUUUGCUUGUCGGUCCAUGCAAACUGCUUUCUGUGCAACAGACUGGCAUAAUCUUGUUUGGUUCCUCGAAAGAGGACAGCGAUCUUGAACAGUCAAUUAGCAGUGAAGCAGAAGAAGGUGUAGUUCCGCCCACCAGGCCUCUUCAGUGUCGUACAAGAAGACGCAGACUUUCUGAAGACGGUUUGAUACUCAGUCGCCAAUUUGCAGGGGCUGAUACAAGUGAAAUGGGUGGAGACUCCAAUCAACCGCAGUCUGCCAGCGCGUCGUCUGAGCAACGAAUUCAGAGCUCAAUUUUCAGUUCCGAUCAAUUGAUUGACGAUUGGCUUGUAGGUCCGAGCAAACUGCUUUCUGCCAUAUGCUGCAUAAUCUAUUCAUGGAAGAAGGCAAUAACCAGUGCAUUUUCACAAUGGCUUAAAGGAAUGACUACUUUUCGUGCUUAGAAAAGGCAUUCCGAGGAGACCAGAGCUGGACAGCAGAAUCCGUAAAAAAAACACUACACAAACUCAAUGAAUGGCAAGAGGAAUUUUCAUCUUUAUUUUCUGCAAAUACCAGUUUGUUGAUGUAAGGGGUUCCUUCUUUGUGUUACGGCAUAUGUUAAUCAAAAUGGCUUCUAUACUUUGUUAAAAGUAAGAGUUCUUCUUUGUAAUGCGAGUGCUUCUUCUUGCAGAACACUUUCGCAGCUUGUUUGGGUUUAAGGUUGCUGAUGACGGGGAUUGUAUUCAUUUGCUAACCAGUUUUUGUUGGAUGUUACUGUCUCUUGUUGGUCUGGGAGCGGGGAUUGGGCGGUCUUUUGGGAGAGUCGGAGAAGACGGCAAGGGAAGUGGACGAGUGUGUGCGGCACUGCCUGUCGAUCGCUGAGGCUGGCCCCUGGUGCAAGGUCGAAGAGAGCGACGAGCGGUGGAAGGAUUAGUUGGUUGAGCUCCAACGAUGUGCACUAAAUUGACUGAAAUCUGAUAAGUUUUGGCGCCUGUUCUUUUUUUUCUUUUCCUUCAUAUACUGUAUUCCAGUUACACUUAUAAAGUAUAUUCUGUAAACCUUC